AUGACGGUUCGCGACCCGAGCGGAUCGCCAAGAAUCGACGUUAUCGGCGAUCGUGCUAAGCGAAGUUGCGCUCUCGAUGCGACGGACUCGACGGAUGGAUUUCGGAACGUCAGGACUGCCGACGACGAACGCCGCACUUGUUGCGUCUCGGUCGACGCGACCACGUUUCUCUCGCGGCGCGGACCAGCCCGGGUAAUACGUGACCUUAUCGUCGAGCGGCGGAAUCGACGAGCUGAUAGCGCCCUGCUGGCUCGCAGCAGGUCAGUCGCGGGAGGUGAGGAGAUAUUCCGCAGCACGGUGGACAGUAUUACGAUAGGAAGGAAAGAUUGGUUUUUCGAGGCUUCGUUCUUCGGUACCACGGACUUUCCCAAGUGCAACGAACGUAUCUUAUCCACUUCGAGUAUCGUGCCCCAUGAAGUGACCGGAGGAUCGUCUGUCCGCGAGAUCGACAGCGACGUUAACACGGAGAACCUUCGGACCAGUGAUUCCGCCAGGUUGAUCGAAAUCGAUACAGUCGAAUCCUCGUACGACGAGCAGCCGUGCGUUCCCGCUGAGGAGAUUGUACGCCGAAGAGACGCGUCGUCUACGGUGCGAUUUCCCGCGAAACUCGAUCCCGGUGGACGUGCGUGGCGGACCAAGACGGACACGCGCUGGAAAUUGCCGAGAAUCGGUCCCGUCCAGCGAACUUUUCUGCUGGGACUACUUGCGACGAGUCUGCUCUGCGACAUGGUACUGUCCGCGCCGUCAUCAUCGUCAGUUCUCGAGGACGAUGUUGAAGAGAAAGAGCUGGGGAUGCCGAGGAACAGCCUCGGCGAUGAUGAGCUGGAGAUCAUCAGGAGGAGCAUUAUACAAGGCCUCGGGCUCCAGAGGAUACCUGAUCCUUCAAAGGCGAACGUGAGCCAGGCCGAGUACGAGAGAGCGCACAGAGAGUACCUGAAACAAGUGCAGCUGUCGCACGAUGGACAGAAGUUUAGAACGCGACGGGACCUCCAUGUAUUCCAGGCUGCUGAACAUCCGGGGAACAAAUCGAGCCUUGGUUUCAGCCGGAGAGGAGGGUACCAUCGUCACUCCCUGUACUUUCCCGUCGCGAUUUCCGGCGACGCGGAGGACGUCACGGUCGAUCACGCGUCCCUGAGAUUUCUUCUUCAAGGUGAUCACAGACGUCCACGUGAUCUCGAGGCGCUGGUCUAUCUCCGCACGCCGACCUCCCGACGUCUCCUGCUGCGGCGCGAGAUCCCGCAGGGUGAGCCGACGGGUUCCCGGUGGAUGGAAUUGGACUCUACCGAGGCAGCUACGAGCUGGCUCGAGUACGGUCUGGAGAACCAUGGCCUCGAACUGGAAUUUCUUCACGAUAGCCGGCCGACACGCCGCGAGGUUUCCCACGCAACGUUGAACGUGUUCACCAUGUCGGAACCUGGAAGUGGUAGAAGGAAGAGGUCCACUCCCGAGGAACUGAUGCCACUGCACAAGGGUCGGCGCAGCCGGUGCAAGGGUGACAACAACAAGAAAUGCUGCCGGCACGAGUUGACGGUGAUGUUCAAGGAUCUAAAGGGCUUCGAGUUCAUCGUAUACCCGAAGGGCUUUGAUGCCGGUUACUGUAAAGGCCGUUGCCCGCCUCGGUACAAUCCAGCGCAUCAUCACGCCUUGCUACAGAGCCUGUUGUGGAAGGAGGACCGGAAGAGGGUACCUAAGCCGUGCUGUGCACCCAGCAAGCUCGACCAGCUGAUGAUCGUCUACUUCGACGAGAACCAGUCAACGCAGCUGAAGGUGUCCUAUUGGAAGAACAUUCAGGUGUUGGAAUGCGCCUGCUCGUAAAGAAGAGGAGAGGAAAAGAGAGUGAAACAGUCUACCAUGGCCGAGGACUCACCAAAGAAUCGUCCGAAUUGUAGUUCGGUGAUGCCAUCCGCAUUCGCGUUAAGAUAC